UUGCAAAGUGCUUUGGGUACGAAGUUGCGUUUGAGUUCAGCAUAUCAUCCGCAAACUGAUGGUCAAACGGAGAGGACUAUUCAGUCACUUGAAGAUCUUUUGAGGUCUUGUGUUUUGGAACAAGGAGGAAAUUGGGAUAGUUUCUUGCCUUUAAUCGAGUUUACAUAUAAUAACAGUUUCCAUUCGAGUAUUGGAAUGACACCGUUUGAGGCCCUUUAUGGCAGAAGGUGUAGAACUCCUUUAUGUUGGUACGAAUCGGGAGAGAGUGCUGUGGUUGGACCCGAGUUGAUUCAAGAGACUACAGAUAAGAUUAAGAUGAUUCAAGGGAAGAUGAAGGCUUCUCAGAGUCGUCAAAAGAGUUAUCAUGAUAAGAGGAGGAAAGCUCUUGAGUUUGAGAAAGACGAGCAUGUGUUUCUUCGAGUUACGCCAAUAACGGGUGUUGGUAGAGCUUUGAAGUCGCGUAAGUUGACGCCGCGUUUCAUUGGUCCUUAUCAGAUUUCCGAGAGGAUAGGUGAAGUGGCAUAUCGGAUUGCAUUACCACCAUCACUUUCUAAUCUUCAUGAUGUAUUCCAUGUGUCUCAAUUGAGGAAGUACAUUGCGGAUCCAUCGCAUGUUGUUCCAUUAGAUGAUGUGCAAGUACGGGAUAAUUUGACGGUUGAUACAUCACCUGUGCGGAUUGAAGAUCGAGAAGUGAAGAAGCUUCGUGGUAAGGAGAUUGCUUUGGUAAAAGUGAUAUGGGGCAGAGUCGCCAAUGGAAAUAUUACGUGGGAACUCGAGGAUAAGAUGAGGGAAUCAUAUCCGGAGUUGUUUGUUUGA